AUGCAUGUCUAUGAUAGGCGGUUACAGAUUUUCCUCACAGACUCUGGCUCCAAAGCAACACCGACAACAUCUUGAUGGAGCUUUUCAUGGACAGCUCAGUUCAUUUUGAGCCCUGAUCUUUGGAAAGCUGUGAAUGUCAACAAGGAGCUUCUUUUUUUUGCCUGUUCUAUGGGUGAAACAUAUAUCUUGGAUUUUAUUAAUAUUUCUUGUGGACUCACUCUGUGAACAAUGACUUCCCGAAGGCCAAUGACUCGCUCUUAUUCCGGCAAUGGGAGAACGAGCAGCUUCAGCGAAGAGGAGGGCAGCAUUGCCAGUAGCCGGUCAGAGAGCCGCAAUACUUAUCUGUCCAAUGUUAGGCCUGAAAACAGCUAUUCAAGGUAUUCUCACUACAGGCCAACGAGGAGCACAUUGUGCAGCGUCAUGGCUCAGCUGACCGAGGAUAUACAGCCGACUUUUGAGACUACGUUAAAAUCAAAGGCGGUGUCUGAAAACUGUAAUGUGAAAUUCACCUGUGUGGUUUCAGGUUACCCAGCUCCAGAACUCAAAUGGUAUAAAGAUGAUGUAGAAAUGGACCGCUACUGUGGACUCCCAAAAUAUGAAAUUCACCGUAAAGGAAAAACCCACACUCUUCAUAUUUACAAUUGCACAUUGGAUGAUGCAGCCAUCUAUCAGGUUUCUGCCUCCAAUAGCAAAGGUAUUGUCUCCUGCUCUGGAGUGUUGGAGGUUGGCACCAUGAAUGAGUUCAAGAUCCACCAGCGGUUCUUUGCUAAGCUGAAGCAGAAGGGAGAGAAAAAGAAAAAAGACCUUGAUGUGCAUACUAAAAAGGAGGAUAAAGAAAACAUUCAGAGAGCAAAACCCCAUAGCAGCCCAGAUCAUCUUCACAGGAAACGCCCUGUCCCAUCAACAGAGGAGAGGGCGGUGGUCAACAGCUCUGUGGCUGUGGAGCAGCCGGCAGACGCUGCAGUACCUAACGGGAUUAGUUCAGAAGUUAGGGAGACGGAAACUUUGACAUCCAUGAACAGUUCUUUGGAAAAUGAAGUAUCUCCAUCAGAGGAAGCCUUAGACAAAAAAAGAAUUACGGAAACAUUGACAUCCAUGAACAGUUCUUUGGAAAAUGAAGUAUCUCUAUCAGAGGAACCCUUAGACAAAAAAAGAAUUACGGAAACUUUGAUAUCCAUGAACAGUUCUUUGGAAAAUGAAGUAUCUCCAUCAGAGGAAACCUUGGACAAAAAGAGAAUUAAAAUGUCUAACAGCGUAGAUGAUGGGGUUACUAGCAGUAAUAACGGCAGCAGUAGUAGAAGCCAUGUUAUGGGAAAUGGGGGUGAAAACUGUUAUGAUGGGGGAAUCAGUUUAGCACAGUUUUUGGCGGAGACCCUCCAAUCCCAAACUGCUGAUGAGAACCAGAGCUCACCUCAAGAGGAGGAAGCUAAACAGGUGGAUACAGCUGUUGUACCAGAUCACAAAGAAAAAGAUCAAGAAGAACUGGAAAAAACAUCACAGGAAGAGCGUGAGAGAGAGAAAAGGAAGGAAGAGGAACUGGCCACAGAAAGAGCCAAAGAAGCAGAAAAGCAAUUGGAGAUGGUGAAUACACCAGCUCAUAGUAGACACAGUUCAGAAGUCAAACACCACAGCAAGGGCCACAAGGAUCAGGACCACCACAACAUCCAGGCUUCCCUCUCAACUAUGCUCCACACGGUUAAGGAUUUCUUUUUUGGCAAGAAUAAAAAGGACUUUCAUGAACACAGUGAGAAGGAAUCAAAUUAUUCAGAUAUAACUUAUCAGCCCCCUCAUUCGGACAUGCCGCCAUCAUUCUGCCUGAACAUGGAGCAUAAUCCAGAGGUGUUCAAACCAAGCACUGAGGACCUCAUCAUGCCUAUGGCCGUGGAUAAAACUGAGGAGCCUUCAGAAACGAUGGAUUUGGAGCAGCGGUCAGCAUCACUUAAGUGUGAAGAAAAUGUUCUGCAUACACAUGAAACACCAGAUUCUAAAGUGCCACCCGAGACAGUAGAGGAAUCUGCACUGAAGAGCGUGGCGAAGGUUGAUGAUGCUGUGGAGGCCAUGGAGGUGUCUGUGGAGCCAGAGAGCAGCAAUGCAGGUGAAGACAAAUCAUUACCUGGGCUUCAAGUUCACACCGAGGCUGAAGACAAGGACACUAAGGUCGUUUCUGUUAUCAAGGAGGUUUUGAUGCAGCAGCAGGAGUUGGAGCACCUUGCGUUUGUACCGCAGCCUCCACCACAGGCUGGAGGAGAAGAGUUUCCUACGACGGAAAACAAAUCCGUCUUGCCACAUGCCAGCGCUCCAGCUGCUGAUGACUGCGCCCUAAACCUCCCUUUCACUACUUUAGAAAAGCGCCGGACUCCCCCUCCCAGUUUCAGCUCAGCAAAAGAUAGCCCCAGAGUGCUAAGUGGUACUUUGCAAAAGGAGAAGACAACAGGAGAUAAGAUGGACAAAGAAAGAGAGCCUGUCACAGAAGAGGACUGUUUCUCCAACAAGUUUUAUGCAGAAGAGAAAACUGAAGUGAAAUUGAACAAACAUCCACAUUCAGAUAUAAACAGAUCUGAGGUUCCUAAAUUAUCAGCAUCGUUACUUGAAGACGGAAUAGAGCCGUGUGAAUCUAUUACACCGUACCAGGUGCUUUCUCCUCUUCAUGCUGUGGUGGGAUGCAAGUCAGAGGCAAACCAUUUAAAAGAAGAGACCAAAUGUACUUCACUCAUUCAGGAAAUGACUGUAGGACUUCCGCUCACUGCAGAACCAGAGGGUUUAAUAAAAGGUGACCUAAAAACGCAACAUGAUUGCACUCCUUCUGUAGUUGAGCAACUCUCAGAUGUGCACAAUGAUAAAGUAAUACAGGGUUCAAACUCAGGUUCUACAUGCAGUGUGGAGGAGUUGAAAGAGGCACUGGAUUGUGUCGUAGAGAAAAAUGUAGAGAAAAAUGUAUGCAACAGCUUAAAAACACAAGAACAAGCCACUGUAAAGGGUGUGAUCAGUGAAACGAGGGAUGAGAGUUUGUUGUUAGAGUAUCAAAAGGAAGAGAAGACUCCCUUAAAUGUAGAGGAGUCAAAGGAAUCGAACACUGUGACGCAAAGCAAUGAAAGUAAUGUUAAUCUUAAAGAAAUACACAGUGAUAUUUCACAUCAAAACAGCAGCGAGAGUGGUUGGACUGCUGAACCUGGUAGUCCCUCAGAGAAAGCACCAUCAAUCAAAAUAUCUGCGAUCGAGGACAUCCCAGAAAUUAAAACUUCUGUCUCAGAUGUGAGCCCAAAUGAACAUUUUAUAAUCCCAAAAAUAGAAAUAGAUGAGCCCGACGUUAAAGAGUGCACUCUGCCACUAACUAUUUUGGCACUAGACAAGCCAGGGCCAACUAAUCUGCUAAAACAUGAUGCAAAUCUUGAGUCAAAUAUAGGAAUCCAAAUUGAGAGCAUGACUGAGUCUCCAGGGGUGUUCCCCAUACAGAGAGAUGUGCAGAAUAUUCAGAAAGUGAAGGAAGUUGCUCAGGAAAUGCUUGAGCAGCAGCAACCUAAUGUGCAAACCAAUGAAGCGCUCCCUCAGCUGGACUUUGUAUCUUUUCCUGAUAUGAAUGUUUCGGGUUCAGACAUCAAGGAGGGUGAUGUAUUUGUUAGUAAUGAAGCUUCAAAUACAAAGCCAGAUUCAGAAACUUCAAGGGUGCCACUGUUUGUGGUUCCACCAAUUUCUGUCACUUGUCAUGAAAGUGAUGUGGAGCUCCAACUGCCCCCUCACAGCAAGCGUUUAGAAACAGAAACUUCAGUAGGCACGCAAAGAGGAACAAUGCGAAGUGCUGGUCACGACAUGACCGCAAAGCCUGAAAUGACACGAAGAGCAGAGAACACUGAGGAAACAUCUGAAAAGAAGACAAGAGAAAAUGCUCCAGCUGCAAUUCAUGAACCUCUAACGCCGAAAGUUGGCGGUCAUGUGCCAUUACUCGGUAAACCAGUAGAGAACAACACUGUCCCUGAAACCUUGAAGCCAAACUCCUCAAAAGAGAUAAAAGCAGAUAGUUCUGUGUCUGUUGAAGAUUUCCUAAAAAACAAACUGUCUGUGGAGAGACUCAGCUCCAAACCCCCAACAUACCCAUCACUAAGCCCAGCCAGUCUCCGCAAGUUUAUGUCCAAAGCGGCUCCAGACUCAGACAAUGAGAGUGCGACAGCUGUCCCUGUAAUAUCUGUCAGCGAUCGUCAGAGUGACAAGCCAGACGAAGAUGUCAGCGGAGGCUCGACACCAACAUCAUCCCUCUCCUGUGAGAGCAGUCCGCGUCUGAAACGCAGGGACAGUCUGACACUCAUACGGUCUGCCACGCCUGAGGAGUUGGCCUCCGGAGCUCGGCGCAAAAUCUUCAUCCCGAGGGCUAAAGAAGACACGGAGGCAGCAAUGGUUGGUAUGCUAGAGGGCAAGAAGGACAGCCCUUACAUGUCCCCAAGCCAGGCUCGCAGAGCAGCCUUGCUACAGGCUUCCACCGGACAGACCACCCCACCAAUGGAGAGGCGCUCUCCACUGCUGAGUCGCAGAAAGGCUACUCUGGAGGUGCCCAAGGUUGUGGAGGAGACUUCUGCAGGAGAGCCAGCCAGUACCAAAAAAGAGGAGAAACCAGCGGAAAAGAAGAUAGACCCUUUGAAAGCUCCUCAGGUUAUCCGUAAAAUCAGGGGAGAGCCAUUCCCGGAUGCUUCUGGACACCUGAAGCUGUGGUGCCAGUUCUUCAAUGUGCUCAGUGACUCCACCAUUAAGUGGUACAAAGAUGAGGUGGAAAUACUCCAGGAGAAGAGAAGUGGAAGCGAUGAAAGCCAAGUGGCACUGGCUAUUGUCCAAGCAUCCAGGCAGGACUGUGCUGUGUAUGGUUGUACUAUUAGUAAUGAAUAUGGAACUGACACGACAGACUUCCUGCUCAGCGAAGACAUUCUGUCUGAAAUGCUACUAAAAGACGACUUUCAAGUUGGAGAGGAGAUCGAGUUGACCCCAAUGGUGUUCACCAAAGGCCUGGCAGACUCUGGCAGCUGGGGGGAAAAGUACUUUGGCCGCAUUUUAACUGACACACUGCAACUUGGGGAGGGCUGCACUCACAAAACCAGCAGGGCCAAGGUCAUUUACGGCCUAGAUCCUGUGUUUGAGUCUGGAAGCACCUGUAUCAUGAAGAUUCGAAAUCCCAUUGCCUAUGGCACCAAAGAGGAGCGCAACCUUACUGAGAGGAACAUGGAAAUUACCAAGCAGGAAUUAAAAGUCCAAAACAUGAUCCGAGAAUACUGUAAAAUCUUUUCGGCUGAAGCAAGAGUUGUUGAAAACUUUGGUUUCUCACUAGAAGUGCUUCCUCGUUAUCUGAUGUACCGGCCUGGGAACUCCGUGCCAUAUGCCACUGUGGAGACUGAUCUUGCGGGCGUCUUUGUCAAAUAUUGUAUGAUGGAUCUCAAAGGAAAGUUGAUUACACAAAACACUUCAGAGCUGGAGCAGAAAUGCUGCACUUUCCAGCACUGGAUCCAUCAGUGGACACACGGUAAUUUGCUCGUCACUCAGCUGGAAGGUGUUGAGACAAAGAUUUCAAACAUUAAAAUUGUGACCAAGUCAAAAGGAUACCAAGGAUUAACCGAAUUGGCCUCUCCCGAAGUGUUUGAGCAGUUCCUGACACAGCAUCAGUGCAACUACUACUGUGGACUGCUUGCCCUACGUCCACUGAAGACUGCAGAUAGUCUGCAGCAGCCCAGCAAGAUAAAGGGCUCCAGAAGCCCCUUGCUCAACCGCAAGUUGGGUUCCGGCAGCCCACAGCUCCAGCGGAAAGCAUACAGCCCUCAGAUGUCUAGAAAGGCCAACUCAAGCCCAAAAGUGCAGAGAAAGGUUCAGGAGACAAAGGACAGCAAAUCAGGCGGCAAAAGUCCUGCUGAAAGUCUUUCUGUUGUUGAAAUAAGGUAGAAAAAAAGACUUCUUUUGAUUCUGGCAAUUACGGUUUGGUUUUACCUGUAUCUUCCCAGGCAACAAGGACUUGAACAGAAAGAAUUAUGAGUUAUACAAUGUUAUGCGACAAUUACUGUGAAAAUCUCUUUCUGCAGGAACCCCACCUUUUUAAGAAUGUUUGGAAUAAUAGGCACAUUGAUUGUUUGUUGUUGUUUUUUUUUUCAUUUUUGUAGCUCAUAGUUAACACGCAGUAGCAUUUACUAUUUAUCUUUGAAGAAUGAAAAGAAAUACUUUAUUUUCUUAGAACUGACUUAAAAUCACUAAAACACCGCAACCACUUGCCAAAGAGUCUUAUCCGCUCUGUGAAAGACAAACUCUUUAAGCGAGAUUUAAAUCCAAGGGAAAUGUCGUCAUUUAGGUGACAUGUAAAAUAUGUAUAUUCACAGUCACUAAAUAUAUCUACAUAUGCAUACACAAUUAUUUCUGUGUGCAGAGACAACAUUUACAGUUAGACUUGCAACAGCCGUUGCAGCAUUUCUUUGCACAGCAAGGUUGAGCUCAUGCUAUGGGGUAACAGUGUCAAGUUUAGGUUUUGACAUAACUUCCACUUGAUUUUGAGCACUUUGUGAUCAUAUCAAUGCUGUCUUGAACCAUUGAAUUGAAUCACAACUCUUGCAAAAGGAUUAUAACUGGUAAAGGCAGAUGAUUACCUACAAACACUACCUACGUUGAGCUUAAGCUCACAAAAACAUGCAAAGUGUGUUCAAAGCAACACGAUGUCAGAUGAAAGUAAGUCAGAGGGAGUGACUUAAUACAUGGACUUGCAGGUAAACACACAUUAAGUAAAACAGA